GGGAGGGUCUGGGUCUGUCUUGCUGCCCAUGCCUGGGCAGGAGCCGAGUAGAGGAGAAAGAGUCCCCAGAGAGUCUCCUUCCUGACUGGCCCCAUCCUAACCGGACACCAUGUGACUCCCGGGAGCUGGUAGACACUAAGCAGAAAACACCCAGAAGCUCUGGGGGCUGGAGCCCUCGGGCCCAACUAGAACAGCUCCGAGCACCCAGGCCAGAGCGGGCAGAACCCAGCUGGAUCCUCCACCCAGAACGGAAACAGCAGUGAGCUGAGGCUCUGAACAGAGAAGGUGACCAGGCCCCACAGGGUGACCAGCACCUUCCCGGGGCCAGCUCCACCUCCAGCAUCUUGGGCCAAGCUCACCCUCCUGCACUGCUGUUAGAGCUCCCUGUCCCUGAAGGGGAAAACAGGAGCUCUGAGCACCACCUUGAGGUAGGAGGGAGCCACUAACACCAGCCAUGGGGAUGUCUGCUCUGUAACCUCCAUCAUCCACCCUCACCCCACUCUCCCAGCCCCUCCCAGGAAAUAAGAGGACCAGCCACCACCAAGGAGUAUUUGGAGAAAGGGAAAAAAGAGUGGAAGAAAUUUAGCCCUCCCGGGGCUCCCACCUGAUCUCGCACUUUGUCAGCAAUGGAGUCUGGAGAAGCCGGACAGCACAUGGUGUCUCCCGAUGCCAUCCAGGAAGAUGUGACAUUCAACCUCAUCAUCCUGUCCCUCACUGAGCUCCUCAGCCUGGGCGGGCUGCUGGGGAACGGAGCAGUCCUCUGGCAGCUCAGCUCCAAUGUCUACAGGAACCCCUUUGCCAUCUACCUCCUGGACGUGGCCUGCGCCGACCUCAUCUUCCUCAGCUGCCACAUGGUGGCCGUCAUCCCUGACUUGCUGCGUGGCCAGCUGGACUUCCCAAGCUUUAUCCAGACCAGCCUGGCCACACUGAGGUUCUUCUGCUACAUCGUGGGCCUGAGCCUCCUGGCGGCCGUCAGCGUGGAGCAGUGCCUAGCUACCUUCUUUCCCGCCUGGUACCUGUGCCGCCGCCCACGCCACCUGACCACCUGUGUGUGCGCUCUCACCUGGGCGCUGUGCCUGCUGCUGCACCUGCUGCUCAGUGGCGCCUGCACCCAGUUCUUCGGGGAGCCCAGCCGCCACCUGUGCAGGACGCUGUGGCUGGUGGCAGGGGCCCUGCUAGCUGUCCUGUGUUGCGCCAUGGGUGGGGCCAGCUUGCUCCUGCUGCUGCGCUUGGAGCGUGGCCCACAGCGGCACCAGCCCCGGGGCUUCCCUGCCCUCAUCCUCCUCGCUGUCCUCCUCUUCCUCUUCUGUGGACUGCCCUUCGGCAUCUAUUGGCUGUCCCGGAACCUGCACUGGCACAUCCCCCACUACUUCUACCACUUCAGCUUCCUCAUGGCCGGCAUGCACAGCGCGGCCAAGCCCGUCAUCUACUUCUGCCUUGGCAGCACCCGGGGUCGCAGGAUGCGCGAGCCCCUCCGGCUGGUCCUCCAGCGGGCGCUGGGGGAUGAGGCCGAGCUGGGUCCUGGGAGGGAGACCUCUCAUAGGGGCCUCGUGGACAUAAUUGCCUGAGCCCUGGAGGUCCCAACACAGCUCCAGCCCAUGUGAUCAGAGGCUGGGUCAGCAAGCCUUUGACAAUGACCUGGGCCAUGCGGUCUCAGCAGUGCAAGCCUCGAUCCCUGUGCAUGAGGCUCCCCUGGGGGCUGCUGGCAACACAGGCUCUCAGCAUCUCCAAAUGGAUGGGCCAGAUCUCCAGGAAGGAGGUGCAGGAAUAUGGUUUUGAAGAAACCUCCCCAGGUGGUUGUCAUACACAGAAACUCUGGACAGCUGCUUCUGUAACCACCCCCACUCUAUAACAAUGAGGUGACCAAGGGAAGAAAUGGGGCAGACCUAGACCUCCUCCUGCCACUCCAUCCCCAACCACCCCAUCAGCCUCAGAGCUGCUGGUGCAUUCUGCCAGAGAACACGGGGUUCAGUUCCCCAGGUCACCUCUGUGGAGGCUAAAAUUACCCUAAAAUGGAAGCCUUGCUUAGGCAUGGGAUAACGAGAAGUUCAGGGAGCCCUUGGUGGCUAGUCUCACACACCACAGAUGAGAGAGCAGAGUCCGCCCGACUCCUGCUGGGGACAGUGAGCCAAUCAAGCCCCUGGGUCGAGGUGCGUGAGCUGAGCACCCCACUGAAUCACCCAAGGAAGCCUCAGUUACACAGAGACAGACACAUCCUGCCUGAUGGAGAGGACACCUAAGCUUUGGGAGCCCCUCAUCACAGCCACUGGGGCCAGCUGCACAGACAGCUCCCAAAUCAGGGCUCACCUAGCUCCUGCUAUUCUGUCUGGGCAUGAACUCUCUGGAAGACAUGUUUCAGGGCCAGCCAAGCUCAUUCCCCCUACACAUUCUGACCAAAGUGACCGGCAGCCUCCGGGGUAGAGGCCAGCUAUGUAACCAUCGAGUUAAGCAGGAAAAUAUGGUAAUGUCAUAAAGUCACUCGUAUCUCAUCACAAGGCUCCACACCAAUCAGAAACUUUCUAACCACCACCCCAGCAUGGAUGCUGACGAUCUUUCAUGUUUAAUGUUUCCUUAUAGCACAGGAAAUGUAGGGGCUCAGAGAACUUUAAAUGGGCUGCUGUUGAUCAUCAGCCCCAUUGUUGAAGGCUGUGAGACUUGGGCCUCACCCAGAACUCCAGGAAACCUGCUGCUUACUAGUGUGCCCUGACGUUAAGGUGAGGUACCCUGGUAAGAAGAGAGGUCACUGAGUGCAUAGACCUCUCUGCUGAUGACCUGGGUCACGUCUCAAAAGUGAAUCUUCACUCACUGUGCAUGAAGCUCACCUGGGAGUCUAUGGGAAAAGCAAGCUCCAGCAUCCCCAGACCGGUGGACCAGAUAUCCAGGGAGGAGGCCCAGGAAUAUGCAUUUGGUCCCACCCACAGCCAGAACAGCCCCACCAAAAACCUGCAGCCAGUUGCUCAGGACAGAGCACAGACCUUCAGCACCUGGACAGCUCCCUGCACGCCUAGCUAGUAGCAGCAGCUGGCUGGCUCUCUCCUGGGCAGGUGCUCCGUAGGAAGGUCCCUUUAGGAAAGCAACCUGGGCUUUACUCUGCCACAGGUUGCUGAGUGUCCGUGAGUCCCGGGCUGUGGGCACAGAGAUGAAUCAAGCGGUUCACCCACUCAGGAGCACUGGUUCACGGCUGCAAUUGUUAAGAGCAGAGAGUUUAGAGCCCACCAGCCUGGGCCGAGCCCAGCCUGCCAUCCCUGCUACGUUGCUCAACCUCCCUAUGCCUCUGCUUCCUGAUCGUGAAAUGAGAACUUAAUGAGUUAAUGCAUGCAAAAUUAUUUGAAUUGUGUCCAGCGUUUCAGAAGUCCUGAUUGAAAUGUUUGUCAAUUUUAUUGUCACUGACAUUCCAUA